AAAGUGAAGACAUCCACUGGUUCUCCCUAUCACAGACAAUAAUUACUCUAAAAUGAUAACAGAGAUCAACAUAAUAAAUAAAUAAACCAUUGUAUCAUCCAAUAAUAAUCUAGCUGCAGAGCAUAACCAUGUGGAGAAGCCAAUAAACUCCUCAUUAAUCCGCUCAACGCCAAAAGUAAUUAGUAGUAGCAGCAAUUCUCCUGAAUUAUCUAUUGAAAGUCUCAGUGAAGUGAUAAUGGUACUGAUAACUUGACGCACAUCGUCGAGGGAGAACAGUCCUGACAGUAAUGACUACAAAACAAGAGCUUGAAAUCUAUUUCAAUUAAUUAAAUUGAGAAUCAGAAAUGGCAUCGGAGACAGGACCCGUCGACGAUGGUAUCGUGGAGCCGGGUAUCGAGCCUGGAGCAUCUACCGAGACGAUGCUGGUAACCACCGACAGUUUCGAGGAAUACGAGCAAGAGAUGAGUAGCAAUAUCGACGACAGACAGAAGGAGAGCGGGACUCAUCCCCCAGGGGACAAAAUGAAAUUAUCGAAGGGAGACAACAGGGAGAUCAAUCUGGAGAACCUCAAGGGUACUCCCUCUCUUGACGAAUCUGAUCUCGACGAGACAACGAAUGAAUUGAACCAGUGCAACCUGGACACCGAUCCCUUGAGAUGUAAGAAGUGGUUGGCCCAGAAGAAACACAUAUUUGUGCUGAGUCAAGCUGGAAAGCCAGUUUACUCCAGACACAGUCCAGAGGACAAACUAGUGACUGUUAUGGGAGUGAUGCAGGCACUCGUGUCGUUCGUCCAGGCUGGAAAUGACAUGAUCAGAUCAGUUCACGCUGGAGAUACGAAUUUCGUAUUCCUCCUAAAGGGGCCACUAAUUCUAGUGGCAGUCUCCAAGACCCUGGAGAGUGUCCCCCAGCUGGUUUUACAACUCACAUAUGUAUACAAUCAGAUUCUCUUUGUAUUGACACAAUCACAACUCACAAGAGUCUACGAGCAGAGGAGAAACUUUGAUUUGAGGAGAUUAUUGACUGGCAGUGAGAGGUUGAUUGAUCACUUGCUUAAUUUUAUGGACAGAGAGCCAGCUUUUUUCCUGGGAGCUGUUAAGUGUCUUCCCCUGGUUCCAGCCAUGAGGGACUCCAUCACUCAGACGAUUGUUCAGACAUGUGGAAAAAUAAAAAAUCUGGUUUUUGCUAUUCUGUUGGCCAACAAUCAGCUCGUGACUCUUGUGAGAAUGAAGAAGUUCUUCAUUCAUCCCGCGGAUUUGCAUUUAAUUCAGAAUCUCAUUGAUAGUUCUGAGUCUUUUAAGACUGCUGAGGGCUGGACACCAAUCUGUCUGCCCAAGUUCGAUUCCAAUGGGUUCAUGCAUGCACAUGUGUCUUAUCUGGCUGAGGACUGUCAAGCCUGUCUGCUGCUUCUCACUGUCGAUCGAGAUGUCUUCUCCACGUUGUCGGAGGCGAAACAGAAGAUCGUAGAAAGAUUGAGGAGGACUAAUUGCUUGGAGGCGAUCAAUGAAUCCAUGAAUCGUACCUCUGUCACUACUGGAGAAAUUGGGCUGCCCGAGAUGCGGCACGUGCUGUACAAGUGCAGGAGCACUGCACAAUUUUGGAGUCCUGGCUUCCAGCCACCUUAUGUUAGGGAUGAGGACAUUGAGAGAUUAUUGGGGCUAUACCAGUGCCUCCAUCAUCGCCUACAUGCUCCCAGUCGUCCACUGAAACUAAUAUUUCAACAGUUGGAUAAGGAGACAAUGCUCGCUUGGGUGACUUCUGGAUUCGAAUUAUACGUAACGUUUGAACCCCUAGUGACCAAGCCAGAUGCUAUAAAUGCUGUCAGCAAGCUUCUUAAGUGGAUCAAGAAGGAGGAGGAUAGAUUAUUCAUUCUCAACUCGCCGACAUUCUAAAUAAAAUUUUAAAAAUAUUCUCAAUGAACAAAAAUUGAAAUAACACAAUGCCUAUACUCUGUCCAGCAUCGGGGCGAUUGAACUGACAAAAAUGGCAUCAAACUUCCUAAUUUGAUGAAAAUAAUUAAUUAUUUUUUUGUGCAAUUUGAUAUGUAAAAAAUUUAAUUACAAUUGUACUACAAAUUGAGAAAUCGUACUCGUUAUCUUGAAUCAUGAAUAUUUUUCAGAGAAAAAAAAUGAAAAAUAGAUAUUUGAUUCAAUGAUUUCAUGUAAAUAAUGAAUGGAUUCAAUUUAAUAUUGUAUUAUAUCUAAAAAAAUAUUCAGUUGUUGUAUAAACUGUUAGGAAGCGACAAUGGAAAUAAAUUGAGCGAAUGUGGGAUUAUUUUCA